UCCUUCCGUUUCUCUUGAAAAGAAGUUAGACAAAUCUAAAAAAGCGGGAGAGAGAUAAAGGAGAAAAAACAACAACAAAAAAAAAAAAGGGAAAAACUCAUUGAAUCAUAGCCGUAGAUUAACUUCUCAUCGCUGUGUCUCCACCGUAAACUCUCAGUAGCGGCGGUAGCUCUCUUUCGGUCGCUGCUCCGCCGUCCAUCUCCUCAUCGCUGCCAACAGUAUCAGGUCACUUCCUCAAUGUAGCGGUUUCACUACAUUUUAUAUCUGCUUUUGGUUUACACAAUCUGUUCCGAUGAAAAUUUAAGAGUUACCAAUUGAAUUCAGCUGGGUUGAUUAUGAACGUUUACAACAUCAGUUUUUCCAAUCAUGUUUUGCCAGCAUUUGAUUUUGGCGUCUGCUUGAGAGAGAAGCUCUCUGCUGUCGCCAUCUCCAUUGCUGGCACUGAAUUCUAUCAGUUCUCCUCUUCCUUUCACGUAUCUUGAGCCAAACUGCUCUGUAUAUAACUGGAUGGCUGUCGCAGCAUUUAAGAGACUGUUUAACGGUGAAUGUCGUGGAAAUAAUAGGAUGGAUAGAAAACCCUCUGGAAGAAAACGUGUAUUUGUUCAGACUGAAACUGGCCGUGUUUUGGGUAUAGAGUUAGAUAGUAGUGACAAUGCCCAUACUGUGAAAAGGAAACUACAGGUUGCUCUUAAUGUCCCAAUAGAGGAGAGGUCUCUCAUCUAUGGGGAUGUGGUGCUGAAGAAUGAUCUAAGUACUGUCAGAAAUGAUUCUCCACUUCUUCUCACGAGAAACUUCAUGCACAGAAGCUCAUCUAGCCCAUGUCUCUCACCCACGGGAAAGGAUAUUCAGCAGAGAGAUCAGAGUGGUCCAAUUGAGAUAUUAGCGUGUUCAAAUCACUUUUCCAGUACAAAAAAAUUGGUAAAGGAAAUUGUGAAGGCCAUGAAGAUUGGGAUCGAUCCCAUUCCAGUAUGCGGUGGGCUUGGAGGUGCCUACUAUUUUCGAAAUUGUCAGGGUGAAAAUUGUGCAAUUGUGAAACCAACUGAUGAAGAACCUUAUGCUCCAAACAACCCAAAAGGUUUUGUUGGCAAAGCCCUUGGGCAGCCAGGACUGAAACUCUCUGUACGUGUUGGGGAGACUGGCUUUAGGGAGGUAGCAGCUUAUCUUCUUGACUACGAUAACUUUGCCAAUGUGCCCUCCACUGCUCUUGUGAAGGUCACACACUCUAUUUUUAAUGUCAAUGACAGAGUGAACGGUAACAAGCAGCAAGAGCAAAAGGUGGUUAGCAAGAUUGCUUCUCUGCAGCAGUUCAUCUCUCAUGAUUUUGAUGCCAGUGAUCAUGGGACUUCAAGCUUUCCAGUUGCAGCUGUGCAUAGGAUAGGGAUAUUAGAUAUUCGCAUCUUGAACACUGAUAGGCAUGCUGGAAAUCUUCUGGUUAGGAAAAUUGAUGGAGAUGGAGGACUUGGUCAAGUGGAGCUUGUUCCAAUUGAUCAUGGCCUAUGCCUUCCGGAAAAUCUAGAGGACCCUUACUUUGAAUGGAUCCAUUGGCCACAGGCAUCAAUUCCUUUCUCCGAGGAUGAGCUUGAAUAUAUAUCUCGCCUUGAUCCAUUUCGAGAUUCUGAAAUGCUUAGAAUGGAGCUUCCAAUGAUUCGAGAGGCAUGUCUUCGUGUCUUGGUUGUUUGCACAAUUUUCCUCAAGGAAGGAGCACUUUUUGGUCUGUGUUUAGCUGAGAUCGGUGAGAUGAUGAGCAGGGAGUUUCGAGGUCAGGAGGAGGAGCCAAGUGAGCUUGAGUUCAUAUGUAUCGAGGCAAGGAGAUUGUUAGAGGAAAGGAAUAUGUUUUUUGAGGAUGUGAAAGCUGAUGAAAAUGUGUUUCAGUUUGAAAUUGACUGUGAGGAAGAGGAGGUAGAUUUAACUUCUAAUGUAGAAAAGAAAUUGGCGUCCCAUGCUUGUUGUAGGCCUCUAGGUGGAGAUAUCCGGAUUCCACUUUCCAAGCCAGAUGAGAAUAUGGAGGAUUGGACAGAGGAUGAGGAGAAAGUAAAACCUCCAAGGUCAGAUGAAUAUGCUUUUGUUGCUCAGGACUGGGCUUCAACCGUUCCUAGACUGUCAAUGAAAAAUGUGAGUAUUGGAGAAAAGAGUUGGAGGCAUGAGGGUGCCAUGCAGAAAAGUGGCUAUUUAGCUGGCACGUCAUCUGGAAACAGAAGUGUGAGUGAACAGCUACCUGGAAACACAAGUUUUGUGAAACUUGCUGAUAUGAGUGAAGAGGAGUGGAUACAGUAUCUUGAGAAUUUCCAGAAUUUGCUCUACAUGGCAUUUUCUAGUCGUAAAUCAAAGAGUGUGGGUCAGAGGCAGAGACAGAGGCUUGGAACUUCAUGCCAGUUUUGAGUAGUUAAACAUUUCAAAUCGUAGA